AUGUUUUCCGCUGGUGACGCCUACGAUCUGUGGUGGACAGGACAAGAGUUCAAGGACAUGCGAGUAGAGGCUUGUGCACAGAUGCUUGAACACGAUCCAAAGGUCUUCGCCAGGUUCCGGGAAGAGAAGUUCGACUUGGCCAUUGCUCACUUCCACGACCUGUGUCCUUUAGCAAUCGCGCGGAAGAUCGGAGUGGAGAAAGUUGUAUGGAUAACUCACGGCACCUCAAUUUACGAUUUUGCCGCUGUUCAGCUUGGUUUGCGAACACUGCCGGCUAGUGUACCACAUCCACUGUCAUCUGCCGGUUUCACGCAGAGUUUCACCGAUCGAGUAUUCAAUUUGCUUUGGCAUCUCUCCCUACUCGACUUUGUCAACUUGCCUCAAAAUCUUCUCCAUGACGAAAACGAAUACUAUCGAAAUCUUGUCGGGAAAGAUGAACCAGACCUAUGGGAUCUAUCGCGAAAUGUACCGGCACUGCUGAUCAACGGAGAACGAAUGCUCGACUUCCCGCGACCACUUCCUAUUCAUAUUAGCUUCUCUGGAGAGUUGGGACUGAAAAAGUCAGCGAAGAAGGUAGAAUUCGACGACGAUCUCCAUUCGAUUCUACAAAAUCCGUCUAAGGGUUUGAUCGUCUUCUCUCUGGGUACCGUUUCAAACACGACAAAUAUGCCUCAACAAAUGAUUAAGUCGUUUGUCGGUGCAUUCGCUAUGUUGAAAGAUUACACGAUACUGUGGCGUAUGGAGGGUCAGGUGGACGAUGCGAUCUCACUGAAACACGUUCAUCUGUUAAAAUGGCUUCCACAGAAGGACAUAAUGAAAUUGCCCAACAUGAAGCUGUUAGUGGCGCACGGCGGAUAUAACUCGCUCCUUGAAACGGCACAGAUACACAGUAUGUGCUCGGAAGCUCUCCAAGAUGCUGACAGACAAGCCAACAAACCUGCCAUACUCUUGGCCAUAAGCGAUGCUAAGUACUUCACACUUCAAACCGCUCAGCAUUUAUCGUUCUUCGCCUUCUAUAGCUUGGACGUGGUCGCUAUUAUUGGAGUUAUUGUCACAGUGUUAUCGAUAAAUAUGUAA